CCAAACAAAUAUCAGCAACACCGUCAACGCCAAUAAAUAGAGAAAAUGUAAAAGAGAUGUAAAAAGAACGUCAGUUAUCAUAACAUUGAUUUCUACACGGGUUUCUCGUAUCGGCUACAAAAUUUUUCUAUCGUAAAUUAAAGUUAUCAGUACAAGAAUGAAGUUGUUGGAGUUACGACCGGAUCGAGCUUUGCUCAAAACGAACUUCGAUGGAUACAAACUGACGCUGGAGCCAAUUCCUGUGCUCCGAACGGAGCUCACCGAGCAAAUGCAGCCAGACCGCGUCCGACCAAGUGAGCAACAGUUUUCCUGUCUGCAUGCGCAAGUGUUUGGUCUGCAAAACCAUCUGGUUCGGGACCCAUGGGCAGCAGGGAACUGUUAUUUUAUAGAUCGAAGCUGGAUCAUACGCCAAAUUCGUUAUGACGAAAAUGACGGUCGUCUAAGGCCAUUGUCUUCUGCUUACAAGUUAGGUCGCAAACGUGGCCCUAGGCGCAGCGGGGACUACAAUUGUACGUUGUUAUUUCUGUCUGAAAAAUAUGCUCUAAUCGCGGACGGACAAGGAAGUCUGGUAGUAGUGGACACUGGCGACAGACAGCGGGGAGGCGAAUGGAAGGAGAAAUUUAUCUUUCCCGAAAUAGAGGAGCUGAACGAAGGCUUUGUUCUUUUGGAUGGACGAUUCGAAAUUGUUAACGGCGAAAGGCAAAUCCAUGCGAUUGGGCUUUCUGUCAAGCAGCAGCAAACUGAAGCUGGUUUCGAGUCCUAUAUCUACUGGUUGAAAGCGAUACAGGCUCCAGACUCCAAUCAGGAAUGGACGUACCAUUCGCUUCGCGUUCUUGAAGGACGAGGUUUCCCCAGUUACUGUGCUUUGGAACCAAAGGGUGCGGCCUUAAUCGUGGUAAGCGAUAAACCGUUCCAAUUCACAAAAGAUUCCGAAAAUCCGAUCCUGCCUGCGGCAGAACAAGCUACAACGGAUAAUCAGGAGCAAAAAAAUGGAAUUGUACAAUCGCCAUGCUGUUUCGACUGGACCCAAACAUUGGAUGACAUUGUUAUCAAGAUACCGAAGGAGGAGGAAAUAAAUUAUCGUAUAACGAAUGAAAAUGGUAUCCUCAAAGUCGUCAGAGAAGAAGUCACAAUUUUGGAUGGAGAAGCGUUGUUUGCGGAUGUUGAUCCGGAACUAACAUCCUGGACUAAUGAAAAACACGAAUUACAAAUUACUCUUUUCAAAAAGAAUGCUGGAACAAUGUGGCCUUUUUUGAUUGCUGGUGGGCCGGAGGAGGUACGCGAUGGUCCUGCUAACGAAGAGGACAUGCCUCCGGUGUCAAACCUGACUUCUCAGCUGGAAGAGUGUGAUUUUGGAAUGGAAGGACAAGAGCAAGGCACUGAAUACACGAUUGAACGCUUGGAUGUGAUUAGUCAUGAAUGCAGCCACAAGGCAUUUCUCGGCAACAAUGCACCGUUGUUUGCUGUUAGUUUAAGACCCGGAUUUCCACUGGCACUAGCUUUGCGACAAGAUGUUGACGGUUGCGUAUGGCUACAACAACAUACCGGGGGUCCUGAUUGGUCUCUCCGUCAUGAAGGAACGCUGCAUGCGUUCGGGUAUGUUCAAGCGUCUAAGCGGCAACGAAAAUUUAUGAGCUGUUCACCGGACCUAGACUAUGCCGUGAUUUGCGAAGCCGAGCGACACGUUUUUAUUUACAAAAGCAGCUACGGAGGAACUGCUAGUGGAUUAAGGAAUCGAAACGGACCACAGGUCAGUAUUGGCCAGCAAAAACUUGUAACACUGGAAGGAAGUGGUGAAAUCCUCGGUAUUUGCUGCGAGAACGAUUAUACUAUUCUGCUGACAGAAACACACAUCCUAGUGUUACAAUUGCGAAUCGAAGAAUAAAAGUGUUUACGAUGUUAAUUUUAA